UGCAUGUCUGUUGGUUUAAUUGAGCUAGCGGUGGUAGUCUAAUCAAACAAAGAAACUCAGCACCUCGUAUCUGCACAUAUCAUCUCUCUUUCUGUCUUUCUCUUUUUCCCUCUUAUUUUUCCCCUGCAUAUUAUAUAUCCCAUUCCACUUCCCCAAAUUCACACCCCCUAGAACCUUUCCUGCCUCCUUUCCCUUACCCCAGACAAAAUCACAACAGCAACGACAUUAUGAUCUGAACCGUCACCAAUAACCACCACCACAACUAACCACCCUUACUUCCCCACAUCCACACCCACACCCACCACCCCCCCAAAAUGCCCGUCUACAUGCUCUACGGCUUCCGCUGGCCCCGCGCCGGCUUCACCGGCAUCCGAGUCUACAUCGUCCUCCACAACCUCGAAGACGCCACCGCCGAAUACAUCCAACAACCACUCACCACGUCUCUCCUCCUCUCCUCAUUCCAAAAAACCGACCCGGAUAUUCUCUCCCGCCUUCCCUCCCUCCGCUUCAUCGAGCAAUACGACCCCGAAGACACCUCGGACGAAGCAGUCAGCAAGCCGCACGCAUACGUCGGAGCGAAGGUCAUUUCCAUCCCCGAGGCAGGCGGGGAACCGCUCCCCGAGACGAGUUGGAAACCAGAGGAUAUAUUUCAGGAGUCGCCGUUGGGGGAGGAGGAGAUGCAGGCGCUUACGGAGUUUAGGGAUAAGUAUGCGGCUGGGGAGAGGAUCGGGUGGUGGAUUGUUUAUAAUGGGGACCCGGAGAGGUGGUUUCCUGUUGAUGAGGAGGGGGAGAUGGGCUUGGGGGAUGGGGAUAGUUAUGGGGAGGAAUAUGAGGGGGAUAGUUAUGGGGAGGAGGAUGAUGGCGAGGGGAGGGAGUAUGGUAGUGAUAGGACGCAGACGCCGCCUGAGACGCCUUCUUCUGCGACGGUGGGUUUAUGUUUUUGUUCUUCUUGGUCUUUGCAGAUGAGACUUCCUGAACGUUUGACGAGGUUGUUUGCUAGGAGGACGGCGUGAAGUGGGCGAUCUACGGCUUAUGAUUUGGCUAUGUGGCUAUGGUAUAUGGCAAGGCAUGGCAUGGCUUUGGCUUUGGGUGUUUCGGGUUUAUGCAUGUGGUUCAUUAGCAAUGUUCAUUUUGGCGUGAUGAAUCUUCAUCUCGUUUGGGCUCGUUUCGUUC